AUGAUUGUCACGCGCGGCCGAAAUAUCGCCCUUAUACCCCCAGAACGGAAGACCCAGAGUUGCCUGAAGAGCCCUCACCCAGCUCGUCCGUGGCCGGAGACCGUAAGGCGUCUCCUGGGUCCUAUUAGGUCAAGGGAGCCGGGUAAUCUACAGCCCUCCGGGAACGAACAGGGAGAGUCAAUGGAAGUAGCAAUAAACUUCCCACUUUCUUCGGGGAGACUUUCCGAAUUUAUAUGUCUCCGAGGAUGGCUGCUCUCCAUUUCUAUGCUAAUUACAUGGUUCUCUGGCCAGAAAAUGUUGCCAAGCAGUAGCCAAAAUGGAAAUCGCCUUCCGGGCGCGACCAAGCCAGGGGUCAAUAACUCUGACGGAGGCAAAGAAUCUCGGGCCGUGGAUGUGUCAGGCACUCCGCCCGCAGCCUCCAGCAGGGGACAGUCUACAGGAAGCUUCUCAGGCUACGUGAAUGACGCCUUUAGGAAUGUUAUUCAACACCGCAUCUCGACCGUCACAAUCAUCACUAGCACCAUCAUCACCAUCAACACCAAAAGGCAGUCGGCCCUCAACACCAUCACGGCACAAAGCAGAGGCAACAAAUCCACGCCUACACCUCCGCCCAACACUCUCAUCCACAUCCAUAUCUACAUUAACGCCCACGUCAACAAAUCCACACCUACACCUCCGCCUAACACUCUCAACCACACGCCCAUACUCUCACCCACACCCACCCACACAAACAAAUCCACAUCCAUAUCUACAUCCUACACCCACCCACAAACAAAGCCACGCCUACACCUCCGCCCAACACUCUCAACCACACGCCCACACUCUCACCCACACCCACCCACAAACAAAGCCACGCCUACACCUCCGCCCAACACUCUCAUCCAUACGCCCACACUCUCACCCACACCCACCCACAAACAAAGCCACGCCUACACCUCCGCCCAACACACUCAUCCAGACGCCCACACUCUCACCCACAAAUCCACGCCUACACCUCCGCCCAAUACACUCAUCCACACCCACCCACAAACAAAGCCACGCCUACACCUACGCCCACACUCUCACCCACACCCACCCACAAACAAAGCCACGCCUACACCUCCGCCCAACACACUCAUCCACACGCCCACACUCUCACCCACACCCACCCACAAACAAAGCCACGCCUACACCUCUGCCCAACACACUCAUCCACAUCCACACUCCACGCUCCACGCACACAGCCGCCGUCGCCAACAGAAUUCGACUGACGAACUCCAGAGGCACAGCGAGGCGAAGUGGCCCAUUGAUCCUUCCGCGAGGCUGCAACUCCUUUGCAAAAUUGACUUCAAGCCCACUAUGAGGCCGGGGCGUGGGGUCGACUCCAACCCAGCGCCAGUGCCUUUCACUGUCGCACUGAAGAGGCCAAAGCACUGGAUACAACACUAUAACAGCGAUGCCACACUAAAUUACACGGCACUAGGGAUGUUGCACCAAAUUACACUGCACGAGCGCCGUUGCAGUAAACAGGAUCUAUGGAAUGCCUGUUCUCCACACCACGCCAAGGUACACAGCCUCUCAAGACACGCCACUUCGAAACCGCCACACGACCGCUACGCAACACCUCGCUAG